AUGCACCCUCAAUUUGGGAGAGUUGCAGGAGCCCAGGGAAACCGGGCUGCGGGCGGCAGCACGGGGAAUCCGUCUCGAAUUUCGGAUUUCCGAAGCUUUGACGGCGCCAUGCGGUGCCCGAUGAAUUCCUCGCCCGGCCAGCUGCUGAACGCGUCUGAGUUGUUAUCCCCUCCAAACCGACAAAUUGGAUCAUACCGAAUCGACGGCGUGGGAGAAUGUUGCAUCUAUUUUCUGGCGUUGCCUGUCUUUAAGGGGAUGCUGGCGCCUUGGCUUGCCUUUCUCUGCGUGUCCCCCUCGCCCUCUUUUCUUUCUCUCUCUGCCCCUUGCUGG